AGUCACCAAGACUCAGAAGUGAAUAUAGCAGCGCACAUACAUCGCUCUGAAACAGUUUUUAAAUUUCCAUUCCAUUAUUUUAUGACUUGUACAUUUGUGUAAAUAGAUUAUUUCUAUUUUUAUAACGAGACAACAACAGGAUGGAACUUAAUUCUCUUUUAAUUCUGCUGGAGGCUGCAGAGUACUUGGAAAGAAGAGACAGAGAGGCAGAACACGGUUAUGCAUCUGUUUUACCGUACAGUAGCGACUUCUCCAGAAAGAAAACGAAAGCAUCGCCCAUUUCCAGAAAGACUCAGAACAAUAGAUCGUCGCACAACGAGCUGGAGAAACACAGACGUGCCAAACUACGGCUGUACUUGGAGCAGUUGAAGAAGCUGGUGCCUUUGGGUCCAGACAGCACGAGACACACCACACUGAGCUUGCUGAAAAGGGCCAAGAUGCACAUCAAGAAGCUGGAGGAGCAGGACAGGAAGGCUUUGAAUGUGAAGGAGCAGCUGCAGAGAGAGCACCGCUACCUCAAACGCCGCCUGGAGCAGCUCUCUUUGUCGGGAUCUGUUGAGCGCAUCCGCACUGACAGCAUGGGCUCCACCAUCUCCACCGACUCCGAGCAAGAGGUGGACAUCGAGGGCAUGGAGUUCACCCCCGGCGAGGCGGACAGCAUCGACAGCAUCAGCGACGGCGAGGAGGAGGACCACUACAGCCUCCAGAGCAGCUCCAGCGACACCAGCUACACAGCCACACAUUCCCACAGACUGCAGCCGCACCACUGUUAAGACGCCGCGCGACCAUCCGUCUCCCCACCAGCUUCCUCCCCCGUGCUUUCCUCCCCCUUCACCCUACCAUCCCUGACCAUUUACUAUCGCCAACGCCGCCCACUACCUACAUCAGACCAGUCCACAACGGCGGUACACCCUGAACCAGUUCCUCCUUUCCUGGCCCUGGCUCUCCAGGAAGCACAUGGGGCUGAAAUGCCACUCAAGCCUUCCUGACCCCCCCCUCCACACACACACACACACCCCCGACCACUGACCCUACCUCGCCCUACUGUAUCCUGCCUGACCCUGCCCCCCCGACACGCCCUGCCCUCCCACUGCCCUCACAACCCUUACCUAGUGUUGCCGCAGGCUCAGAGAGAGCAGAGCAGAGUUUGUGUUUUUUAUCGGGGACUUCUGUGGUGUGGUGGACAGCUCUGACUUGUUAAUCAGCAUUUUGUAAUAUGUGUGUGUGUAUGUGUGUGUGUGUAUGUGUGUGCACAGGAGAGAAAAACCAAGCAAGGGAGUUUAAUAGAGGUCAAAAACAAAAUAUAAGCUUCAUGUCAUCUUCAUGUCGCAAUAAUACACAGACAAGGCUUUGCACUAAGUUUGUGCAGUUAAAGCCAAAGCACUUCUGUUUGUUCUGCAAUAUAUGCAACAUCGGGACCUCGAUAGUAAUUUUCAACACACAGUAUCUUCCUUUUACACAAUGAGAUUUACAGGAGUAACUAUUGCAGAUUUCCUGCUUGUUUUCUUGAAAUGUUUGACUUCUGAAAAAUGGUCAAAGCUUAAAAACGGAUAGCUUCACAUUUUGCGGAACGCACUUUUUUUUUUUUUUUUUUUUUUUUGCUGAGAGUUGGAUGAGAAAAUCGAUAUUGCUCUCAUCUCUGUCCGUUCAGUAUGAAGCUAGAGAAAGCAGAGAGUCGUAGCUUAGCAUAAAGACCAGAAAGGAGGGGAAACAGCUAGCCUGCUCAAAGCUUAAGAUCUGCUGCCAGCAUGUUAUAUCUUGUUUGUUUAAACCGUAUAAGACUCUUAAGUUGCUGUUUAACAGUGGGUUAUGUGGAGGAUCCUGGCCAUGAAAUAGUCAGACACAUUGACCCCCCCAGAAGAACUGCACCUUGACAUUUUAAAGGCACGCUGUUCCCCUCUGUUUCCAGUCUUUAUGCAAAGCUAAGAUUAACUGCUGCACAUUGUAGCUUCAUAUUUACCGCACAGACUUUAGCAUGACGUCAAUCUUCUCAUCUAACUCUUGACAAGGAAGCAAAUAAGCCUAUUUCCUAAAAUGUGGAGUUAUUCUGUUAAUUGCAGUUGCAGAGCUUCCUGCAACUGCGUCACCAAAGAUAGGACCUUUUCAAUAGCUACUUCUGUACAUAAUUACAUCUUCAUGACCAAAUGUGGCCAAGUUUAUGGCCAAAGACAAACUGAAAAAGUUGCAGAGCUGUAGCAGAGAAGAAAGAAUGUAAAUAUAUGUACAGUUACUGUCCAAAACUUCAUGUCUCCCUCUGGUUGGGUUGCCUAACCACUACUCCACACUACUGACCACUACACUAUACCACCCUAUGGUGUGGAUGGACUACUAUGUCAAGGAAAAAAAAAAGAAAAGGAGCUGCCUCAAAACUAAAACUCUAUUCCUUAAAGAUUGAGCUAAAUCUUGUGUCUCAGUAGCUAAUUGAUGUAGCAAUUAAUACAAGAGGUGGGUGCUUCCUCAGAGUGUUUAAAUGACUCUGCUGGACCAUGAGGUGUUACCAGAGACUUUUUCCUUUACCUUUUUACCCUGUAGGUGGCAACAAGUGGGCAAUGAAAGAGAAUGGACCUGCAGAAAAAGGAGCAGCCCUCCUUUUUUCUUUUCUUCACUAAGGGCUCCUUCUCUUUUCCCCAAAGCUACCAUGUACCCACAAUUUGAAUUUCUCUCCAGCUCUGUUACUUUUUCAAGCAGUGUUUACGUAUGUCUGUAUUUUUUCUUGUUGUUGUUCUGAUUAACAAGUCAAAGCUGCAAAUGUGGAAAAAAAUUAAAAGAAAAAAAAAGGGCCAGCUCUAAUGAUUUGUUCUCUGUAGAGGCGCUCAUUUUAGCUAACUUAGAAAACUAAUCACAUUCAGUUGAGCUUUUCAUUUCUAUAACAAAACUAAUGAUCUUUUCUCUCUCUGCUAAAUGUUACCUGUUUCUGGAGCUUCUGGGCACUGCUGAAGACCAAUGUAGAUGAAAUUCUUCUAUAACUUGUCUAUAACUUAUGCACAAUAGUCACUAUUGACAGAGGAGGCACUUCUGUUGCUCUCUGACCAUUUUAAUAAUUGUUAGGCCUUAGUCUCUGGCAGUCUUUAGAGCUUGGCGUCCCAACACUUCAAAAACAAAAAGGGCCGAUCCACCAUGGCAGGUCUGACCAAAAAAAUUUUUAAAAAACUACAAAAGACUCAAAAGAAAACAAAAUAAACUUGUAUACAAAAGAAGCUACUUGUCACUAAAAGUGAUACUAGCCAGUGUAGUCUAUAUUUCUUGUAUUAAAUUUUGUAUUAUAUUUUCCUAAAUGUUUUCUUGUAAUGAAAAGACAAAAAAGAGUGAGUAUAUCUAUCUAUAUAAAUAUAUAUAAAUAUAUAUAUAUCUGUGUGAGAGAGAGAGAGAGAGAGAGAGACAGACAGGAGGCCAGGCUUGUUGAAGGGAGAGUGGGGGCAGGGGAGCUGAUACACUGGCCCCUCUCCCUUGGGUGACUCUCCUGCUGUCAUUCUGUGCCUUGGUGAGCCUUUGACCUCCCUCCUCCUCCUCCUCCUCCUGCUCCUCCUCCUCUUUGUCCUCCUCCCACCUCCCUAACCUGCGGUCCCUGCUCAGGUCACAAUCCCCUCCUCUUAAUCUCAUCCUCCCUCUUCUUCAUCUCCUCUGGCAGGGCUGAAAGCUUUGAUUUCAACCCUAACCAUGCCAAGACACUUCCAAGAGCUAGGGGCGCGUGAAGAGAAGACCUCAUUAUGAGUAAAGGAGGAAAAAAGAAAGAGAAAAGCCCCUUCGGUCUCUACUGAGAAGCCGCUGUUGUACUACACCCUGUCCAGGCACUCCGCACCCUCUUGACGCCCACCCAUCUGCCAGUGCCGGCUCUGUCACGGAAAAUUAUAAAAAAAACAAACAAAAAAAAAAAAACCCCACACACUGGUGAACUCCCAUGGCAGCUUCCAGUCGCCCCGAACGGUCACCAACGGGGUUCAAAACUUUUGGGCUUGAAGCGUGUUUAUCUUUUUUUUUUUCUUUUCUUUUUUUUGUCAUUUUACUAUUAUUGUAUGUUGACUAUGUGUGUGUUCAGUGGGAGUCACUGGGAGAGGAGCGAUAAAAAGAAUAAUCCAAUCGAUGGCAGCUUAAGGUGUUAUCCUCCGCACUCCCAGUGGUCCAUCCCAAAAAUAGUGUUACCCAUUGAUCAGGGGACCUCUUGAGACACAGCAAUAUUACCAUCUUGUGCUUUCUGAGGGAGGGUGGGUGGGCAGGGUUUUUAAGACAAGCAGGUGGUUUUGCUUUUGACUCUGUGGUGCAUUAUUAUUAUUAUUUUUUUUUUUUUUGGUGACCAACUCUUUAUUUUGUUUUGAUGAAUUUUACCUCCUAUCUGCACUCUCUCCAUACACUGCAGGAGGGCAAAAAAUUACUAGAAAUGAAAAAGCUUUUUGGAAAAGCUGUUUUUUUUUUUGUCAUCGAGAGUUUACAUUCAUGUCAAAGGAUUUGUACAUGACUGUUUGUAGCAAAAAUGUCCUUUUUCAGUUUGUUGUCAAAUGAACAACUGAGUAAUCCAUAUUAAUGGCAUAAGAUUAUUCUCUUGCACAGAACCUCCCAGUAAGACAGAUAAAGACAGAGUGAAUGGGAAAAGCUGAGGGCCAGAUAUGAGAUUAUAAUUUUUCAGUGACAUCAUUGACAAAUGUACAUAGCACACGCUCAGCACGUGUGGUUUAUUAACAGUCGACUGGACGUGGCAACAUUUUGUUUGAAUGCUGGACGGGAAGUGUUUAUGGAAAUUCUUUUAAUGAUGUGCCUUGGAAAAAGUUAUUUUCUUAAAAAAAAAAAAAGAAAAAAAAGCAGAGAUUGUAACAAUUAAAGAAAACUGUUAAAUCAG